CUACCACCGUUCAUCCUAGUCGCGACCCCGUUCCAGUCCCUACUGAGCUGUGCUAAUGGCCCGACUCUGGGUCUGCGUUGGAGCCGCCACCUUUUCCCUGGCUCUUUUGGUUUUCCAUUCCCACUUCUGCAGGUCGCCUGGCUUAGGAACCUUUGUUUUCUUUGCUUCUUGGAAGAUAGAGAAACCUCUUUACCGUUUGGAUUUAAACUGGCCCCAAAAUCCAGAGUACUUCACUGGCAUAACAUUUUGUGUUGCAGUAGAUUCCCUUAAAGGAUUAGUUUAUGUAGCACAAAGAGGGGAUAACAUACCAAAAGUGUUAGUGUUCACAGAGGAUGGAUAUUUCCUUCGAGCCUGGAAUGACACUGUUGACACACCUCAUGGUAUCUUUGCAACCAGUACUCAAUAUGAACAAUCAGUCUGGAUCACGGAUGUAGGAAGUGGAUCUUAUGGACAUACAGUGAAAAAAUACAACUCCUUUGGUGACCUCAUUCAAGUUCUGGGUACCCCAGGCAAAAAAGGAACUGGUGUAAACCCAAUCCAGUUUGAUAACCCAGCAGAGAUAUAUGUAGAAAACACUGGAGAAAUUUACCUUGUGGAUGGAGAUGGAGGAAUGAAUAACAGACUGCUUAAACUGACCCAAGAUUUUAUGAUGCAGUGGAUUCGUGGGGAAAAUGGAACAGGUCCAGCUCAGUUCAACAUACCGCAUAGUGUAACAGUUGAUUCAACUGGUCGGGUAUGGGUUGCUGACAGAGGAAACAAAAGAAUCCAAGUAUUUGAUAAAACCACAGGGGAGUGGUUGGGAGCAUGGAGUGAUUGUUUCACUGAAGAUGGUCCUUAUUCUGUCAGAUUUACUCCUGAUGAAAAAUACCUCAUUGUUGCCCAAUUGAAUAUCAACAAGCUUUCUCUGUUGGCUGCCCCGCCUGUAGGGAACAUUGGGGACUGUGCUGUGGUAAGCACAAUACAGCUAGCUGAUCAAGUGUCACCACAUCUUGUAGACGUUGAUAGGAGAACCGGAGCCAUCUAUGUGGCAGAACUUGGGGCAGCACAAGUUCAGAAAUAUGUCCCUUUAAAAUAACUGUCUUCCUUCACUUAGAUAUCCUUAGAUUUAUUUUUUCCAAAGAAUGAACAUUACAGAUGUUUCAGGUGAAAGCUCUUGUGAUUUUUCUCAUUAACAACUAAAUUUUCAUGUAAGAAUUUAGUGUUCUGCUGCAAUCCUUUUAAGAAGUGUUUCAGAAAACUUUGUUUUUAUUAGUAAUCAUUGGAUCCAGAUGUUUUAUUGGUACCAUCAUGUCUUAGUUUUUCUUCUUUUUUUAAAGGGCAACUUAAUGUAGAAAAGGUGAUUCCAAAGAAUUGGAAUAGAAAGGUACCUCAUUUUGAUGUUCAACAAAAUGGCUUGCCUUUCAGGUGGAAAGUAAUGAUGUAGAUGUAAAAGUUGGAGGAUAUUUUAAAAUGCUUUUCAAAUAAAAACCUGAGAGCCUCAGACUGAUAGGAUCCAUGGACACAGAGAAUGGCAAGUGAGAUUGUUAGGCUGGAAACAAGGAUUUUAAAACAUCAAAAGCAUUCCACUGAAUCCAUUUUGCUUCUAGGCAAUGAGAGAUAUCACUUAAUUCUUUUGUUGUUAUAGUUGUACCUAUGCACUUUACCACAAAAGAUUUGAAAAAGUUUUUUGAGCUUUUGCUUCUAAGACCAGUUUCCUUAAUGAAUGUAGAUGUGAAAGAAUGAAUACACAUCUACCUCCGGGAGAUGUCCAGACAGUUAAUAGGCUGCUAUUUACCAAAAAAGUUUGAGAUCACAAGAUCAGUCUUUUUCUCUUUUCUCUUUCUUUUCCAUUCUUUCAUGUGUUCUACCAGCUUAAUUAUAACCAAUUUUCAGUUUGUUUUGAUUCAUUCUAGGAUUUAAUAGUACAUUGGCUUAUUUCUCUGCUAUCCACCUUUCCCCAGUACUCCAUAUAUCACUUGGCAUAAUUGAUUAUCCACCCUGAAUUAGUUAUAGCAAAUGUUUACUCUCAGAAUGUUUCUCCCUUGUAAAUCAUCAAAUAUCCCAGCCAGCCUCUGAGACCUGUUAGUUUUUCACUAUCAGAAUUCUAGUUCAUUUCAGUGUUUGCCCAAAUAAAAUAUAAUUCAUAAGGUAAAUCUCUGCAGAAAUCACAUAAUGCACUUGAAAUGCAACUAUAAAUGAUUUGCUGAUUGUCCAUGCAAUUCUAGAAUCCUAAGUUAAGAGUUGAUGGGUCAGCAUUUUGUUGGCUUUUUCUACACUUUGUUUUGGUAUAUUCUUUGGAAUAUAAUUUGCAUGAAGUCAGAGACAAAAUGAUUUGGAAGCUCUUUUCUGUUAUUCAGCACUUGGUUCAGUAGUUCUCUUUAGUAUAGCUUACUAAUUAAUUAUCUUAGAACUACAGUAGUUGAACUUUUGAUAGUCAUCAACACCAUUAUCAUCUUUGGGCAUGGGGAUUUUUUCUUCCUUAUCCUUGAUUUGUAUGAUCUGUAUCCUUAAUCAUAAAAUCACACAAAGGCUUUGGGGGGGCAUUUCCCCACAAUUAGUUUAAGUUUAACUGGAUACUACCAAACUAGUUAAAUUUAAGAUAAUUGUCUUGAUUGCCUAGGAACAUCAAUAAAUAGGCAGUAAAGUUGUAUAAUUUCUAGCUAUCAGACGAACCUGGUACUUAGCCAAAUGAUUUUGAAAUUAUAGCUUCCCUACACUUUCGCAAAUUCCCUAUGUGUAUAUAGGAGGCAGCCUAUAUAAGAAGGUGAGUGUUAGAAUUAGAAGGCUGAAAUUUAGUCUUUUCAAUCUGACUGUCUGACUGACCAGCUGAGUCCAUGGUGGCACAUAAACCAUGUGACCAAAUGCACACACUAAACUCAAAGUAGUUGUACAACUGAGCAAUUCACUUACCCUAACCAAGGCUUAAUUUCCUCAUUUAAAAAAUGGAAAAAUGACAUUUUUACUACAUACCUCACAGGAUUUUUGUAAAUAAGGGAAAAAAAUCUUAAAACCCAACAUAAAUAUGAAUUAUCCCUAGAUUAUCUCUGCUCAGAAUACUUGUUAAUAACCUGUAAACUGGAUUCAUUAUUGUAGUGUAAACAUAUGACUUUUGAGAGAGUAGAUAUUGAUGAUGUUUGUGAAUCAUGGUAUUUUUUAGUCUUUAUAAUCAAAUUUAGAACCCAAGAAGAUCUAGUGGAAGAAUUUAGGAUCCAGAUAUCUAAAUGGAUUAGUCCUAUCAUUUUAGCCAGCCUUUGUGACUUUGAGCAUUUUACUUCUUUAGAUUUCUUUUUUUCUUCUGCCCAAUGAGUCAUAGGAGUGUGGCUAUCAAACUGGAAAGGACCAAAUAAUACCUGCUCUCCUACUUUGGAAGAAGGUUGCUUGAAAUGAAUGACACCGUGUAGAUAAAAGCACUUUGAAAAGUUUAAAGCACAAACGCACCUAUGCAAACAAAAAGAUACUGUUAGUAUAUUAAUAGAUAAUAUUUUAAUGUUAUAUAAUUAGAAAUUUAAGAGUUUCACUUGCUUUUAUUAUUUUUACCAAAAUAGAACCCUUCUCUCUCAACCUCGGUUUCCUUAUCUGUAAAAUGGGGGUGAUAAGAAAACGUUUAGUAUUUCUCUGAUGGGGUUGUUGAGGAUGAAAUGAAAUAAUGCCAGUUAUCUCAUUUUGAAAUCUACACCUGUUGAUUGGUUUUGGAGGGACUGGUUUGAACUUUUGUUGUAGGAGGAAAGAUCAACUGUUAAUUACUCGUUUUGUAAUUUUAGAUUUGAUGUUAUAUCCCAGUUUUCUGCAGAAAACUUGCUAUUAAAAUUUUCUUAGCAACA